AUGGCCAUGAGUAACCAAACACUGGUGACAGAAUUCAUCCUGCAGGGUUUCUCAGAAAAACCACAGCUCCAGGUUCUGUUCUUCAUCUUCUUCCUCGCCUUCUACACCAUGGCCCUCUGUGGCAACUCCCUCAUCGUGAUGGCCAUCAGCUUCAGCUCCAGGCUUCACACCCCCAUGUACUUUUUCCUUGUCAACUUGGCUGUUUUUAAUGUUUUCUGUGCAUGCACUGCUUUGCCUAAGAUGCUUGAGAUUCUGGUGGCAGAGAAAAGAACCAUCUCCUAUGGGGGCUGCAUUAUCCAGAUGUACUUCCUGUCAUGGUCCGUUGUGGCGGAGGUGCUUCUCUUCACUGCCAUGGCCUAUGAUCGCUAUGUGGCCAUCUGCCAGCCCCUGCACUAUGGCUCCAUGAUGGGCCCCCAGGUGUGUGCCGCUGUGGCUGGAGCUGUGUGGGGCAUCAGCAUACUGGGUGCAGGAGUCAACAUUGUUCUGCUGUUACGGCUGACUUUCUGUGGGCCCAAUGUGAUAGACCACUUUUUCUGCGAGAUCCCCCCUGUGUCGCUGCUCUCCUGUUCCUCCACAUAUUUGAAUGAUAUAAUGACAAUAAUGGCCGACAUCUUCUAUGCCAUGUUGAAUUUUGUGCUCACCAUGGUGUCCUAUGGCUUCAUCAUCUCCACCAUCCUGAAGAUUCGUACAGCCGAGGGGAAGCGGCGAGCCUUCUCCACCUGCUCCUCCCACCUCAUUGUGGUCACCAUGUACUACACUACGGUCAUCUACACGUACCUGACCCCAGGCUCUAGCUACUCCCCAGAGAUGGGGAAGGCCAUGGCUGUGCUUUAUUCCACAGUGAGCCCAACGUUGAACCCUCUCAUCUACACACUAAGGAACAAGGAUGUCAGGACAGCUCAACAAAGUCUUUACAUUGUUAGCAGAGAAACUGUAGUUACAUUGCUUAAGAUAAAGCCUGGCUAG